UGUGCGAUGAAAAAGAAAAAUGCCAUUCCCAGUGAGUCCAUCCAAAUUUGGCUGCGUGAUGAUGAGUACCUUCCUGGAAUAGAGUGCGGAAAGUUUAGCCACGUGUACUGCAUCCAUGGCUAUUGGUUUUUCUUCAAAAGGCCAAAUCGACAGCCUCAUUGGACUGACUUGCCAAAGUUUGCUGCCCUCAUCCAACAUAACAAAACAUGGGAAAAAAUUAAUUGGUUUUCUUUUCAUCCAGGAGGAGCAUGUUGCCGACUGCAAGUUGAAGAAUACGAAAAGCAUGGACGCAGUGUAGGGGUGUCUCCAGAAGAUUAUUUUGCCAAAGUCACAAAUUUUUCUACAUUGGGGAAAACAUUGACACAUAUAACGGCAAGAUAUGACUGCACUCGAGAAAUUAAUAUUGUUGUGGCUCUUGGAUUUGGAUGGGGUGAGUUUCAUCGGAAAGGAUCUACAAAACCAGAUAUGCCCUAUGCAAUUAUCACAAGAGUUACACCAGCUGUUCGAGUGAAGCAUAAAGUGCCCAAUACUUACAAUUUUCCGUUCAAGGAUGUUGAGAAACUUUUGACGUUCGAGUUCUUCAAAACCAAGUUGAUGUGCAUAGAAAACUCAUGGAUUUGCGAAAUGGAUUCUUGAUGUAAUUUUUUUUUGAAA